AUGAGGGGGAGAUCGGAUGGAGCGCAGAAAAAGCGCUUGUUGACUUCUGUGUUUGUUGUGGCUGUGUUUCUCAUCUUUCUGUAUGCCUACUUUGGCUCCAAAAAUGGUGGGGAGUCUGCUAUAGAAUACGGCAGCCGGUCUUUGAGGAAACUUGGUUCUUCAUAUUUGGGUGGGGAUGAAGAUUCUGAUCUCGGUCACAACCAAGAUGAACCUUCAACCAAGUUUUCUCUGGAUGACGAGGAUGGUGUCACCCCAAAGAGCUUCCCGGUCUGUGAUGAUCGGCAUUCAGAGCUGAUCCCAUGCCUAGACAGACACCUUAUAUAUCAAAUGAGAUUGAAGUUGGACCUAUCUUUGAUGGAGCACUAUGAAAGACACUGCCCACCACCUGAAAGGCGAUUCAAUUGCUUAAUUCCGCCUCCAGCAGGAUAUAAGAUCCCAGUCAAGUGGCCUAAAAGCAGAGACGAGGUCUGGAAGGCAAACAUUCCUCACACUCACCUCGCUCACGAGAAGUCCGACCAGAACUGGAUGGUUGUCAAGGGCGACAAGAUUCAUUUUCCUGGAGGUGGGACCCACUUUCAUUACGGAGCAGACAAGUACAUUGCUUCGAUUGCGAAUAUGCUCAACUUCUCGAACAACAACCUGAACAACAAAGGCCGACUCCGGACAGUGUUUGAUGUUGGGUGUGGGGUUGCCAGCUUCGGUGGCUACCUACUGUCGUCUGACAUUGUGGCUAUGUCGCUGGCCCCUAACGAUGUUCACCAGAACCAGAUCCAGUUCGCUCUCGAGCGCGGAAUCCCUGCCUACCUUGGGGUCUUGGGCACUAAGCGGCUACCCUACCCCAGCCGGUCAUUCGAGCUGGCCCACUGUUCCCGCUGCAGGAUAGACUGGCUCCAGAGGGACGGUAUCCUUCUUAUGGAGCUCGACCGGCUUCUGAGGCCAGGUGGCUACUUUGCGUACUCGUCUCCCGAAGCAUAUGCCCAAGAUGAGGAGGACCUCAGGAUAUGGAGAGAGAUGAGUGGUCUUGUCGAGCGCAUGUGCUGGAGGAUUGCAGCUAAGAGGAACCAGACUGUUAUCUGGCAGAAGCCACUCACCAAUGACUGUUACCUGGGGAGGGAGGCCGGGGCUCAGCCGCCCAUGUGCCGACCGGAUGACGAUCCGGAUGCUGUCUGGGGCGUGCAGAUGGAGGCAUGCAUCACACCUUAUUCUGAACAUGAUCACAAAGCAAAAGGCAGUGGAAUUGCACCAUGGCCCGAGCGUUUAACUUCACCUCCCCCACGUCUUGCUGAUUUCGGCUAUUCGAGUGAAAUGUUCGAGAAAGACACGGAACUAUGGAGGCAGAGGGUUGAUCAUUACUGGAAUCUCUUGAGUCCGAAGAUUAGGCCUGACACAAUAAGGAACGUAAUGGAUAUGAAGGCACAUUUGGGAUCGUUUGCUGCUGCUUUGAAAGACAAAGACGUGUGGGUGAUGAAUGUUGUGCCUGAAGAUGGGCCCAACACGCUCAAGAUCAUUUACGACAGGGGCUUGAUUGGCUCCAUUCAUAACUGGUGUGAAGCUUACUCGACAUACCCGAGGACUUACGAUUUGCUGCACGCAUGGACUGUGUUUUCCGAUAUCGAGAGAAAGGGUUGUGGUGGUGAGGAUUUACUUUUGGAGAUGGACCGUAUUCUCAGGCCGACGGGUUUUAUUAUCAUCCGGGACAAACGGCCGGUUAUCGAUUUCGUGAAGAAAUAUUUGCCGGCAUUGCACUGGGAAGCUGUGGCGACAUCUGAUUCGUCCUCUGAAAACGGACAAGACAACGAUGAAAUAGUCUUGGUCGCCCAAAAGAAAUUAUGGCUGACGAGCGAGAGCUUCAGGGACACGGAAUAA